UCGACAUGCAGGGGCUGCUCAGGGAGGAGAGACAAGACAACAUCAGGCUGAACGGCUGGGAAGGGAAUCUGUCCCACCACAGGCCAACUCUACCCGCCCUGCUUCCUCUGCAAGGACUUGCUUUCGUCAGAAAGUUUGUUCGCUCUCCUCGCAUCUCCCCUCACCUCACCCUGCGCAAGUCUCGUCUGUUGUCUCUCUCCUCGCGCGCCAGGCAGCACCACCGUGCGUCAGAUGUGGGGCCUCCGCGCCUGCCGUGCGGCUCUCCUUGGAUGGCUAUUGAGACCUUAACGGAAAUUGAUGGCCAGUGAUACCUUGACGGAACACGACGCCUAUGGGGGAACGAUAGCUUGACGGAAGUCGAUGGGUAACGAUAGCUUGACGAAAGCCGAUGGAUAACGAUAGCUUGACGGAAGUCGAUGGAUAUCGAUAGAUUGGCGGAAGCCGAUGGAUUCUGAGUCGGAGCCGCUUCGUGUCAAGGCCGCGGGCUUUAAGGGGCGCCACUAUGUGAAGCUCUCGGCGCUCCGCAGGUCCCCCGAGCCCAAGCGGGCGUCAGGUAGUAUGGCGGAAGCUCCGCUGGUGCCGCGGACGGUCAGCGGAGGCGGUGGCGGCGGAGCAGUGGAUGGGGGGGGAGGAGGCGGGGGGUUGGCGGGAGCGGACAAAGAGGGCGAGCAGCAGUCGCGCAGCGGUUGCCCGUUUCUCGCGCCGAGCCUAGCGUUUCUGGUGGCUCGGCGGCGCGCGGUGGUGGUGUGCGCGUCGGCGCUGUGUGCGGGCGCGGCCGCAGGGCUCUUCUGCCUCGUCUACUACCUCCACGUCGCCGCCCUCCAGGCGUCGCUGUCAUCGCAGUGUGCACUGUGGGCGCAUGAGCUGGGCACCUCGCUGCAGGCAUCGCUGGGAGGGGUGCGGGCCCUGGGAGACACGCUCACAGUGCUGCAUGCGGCUGUGGAUCAGGCAUCCUUUGUGCGCCUCGUGGCUUCCACCGACUACACCCGCCCGCUGCUCGCAUUCCCCCUGCCGACCCCACUGUCUGCUGCAGCAGGGGUGGGGGGUGGGGCGGGGGCGAGUGGGUGGGGGCAAGGGACGACUGCCAUGGGGUACUCGCUCUCCCUGAAUCACUCCUCGCGCGCUCCCUUCCAGACCCUCGUCCUCAACGACUCCUGCAUCUGGAAUGCCAGCGGGGCGUGCAUGCCUCAGCAGCAGCUCUACCUGCCACUGCUCCACUACUCUCCCACCCUCGCUGUCUGCCUCUCUCACCUCGCCAGCAACAGCAGCAGCAGCAGCAGCAGCAGCAGCAGCAGCAGCAGCAGCAGCAGCAGCAGUGGCGUGGGGCCGGCUUACAUUGGCCUGGACAUGCUGGCUGUCCCCCAGCUGGGCCCCGCUGUUGCCGUCUCUGCGCAAUCCGCCCUCUCUCUCCGCCUGCCCUGCGCCCUCUCCCCGCCCUUCGCCCCUCUCUUCCCCUUCCCUGGCAACUCCACGUCCUUCCCCGACCCCGACCCCACGCCCACCACCACUGCCGCCUCCUUUGGCCUGCACACCACCCAACCAUGGUCGUUCCCCGCCAAUCCUUCCUCCUCGCCGUCCUUGGCUGCAGCAGCAACAGCAGCAGCUCAACCGUCUGUGGAGCAGCAGCAGAGAGCAGUGGUGGCAUCAGUGCCCGUGUACAGACAAGCCAUGCCACCCAACGCUAGUGCAGAUGAGGUGCAAGCAGCAGUGGUAGGGUUCGCCUUUGCGGUGGCUGACAUGCAGCUGGCCCUCUCUGAACUCGCGCAGACGCCAUCUAGCAUCAGCAGCUAUGGGCCGGCGUCUCUGCUGCUGCAGCUGCAGGACACCACGUCCCCCAGGGGCGCCCUCGUCGUCGCGCAGCACCCCCCGCCCCAGCCUCUGCCAUCCGCCCUGCCUGAAACGCCUUCCUCCUUCCCUGCAGCUCACCCCGUGCCUCUGCCUGCAGUGGGGCGCCAAUACACCCUGGCAUGCAGGUACCAGGAGCCGCCGUUCCCCUACAUGGCGGUGGUGUGGCCGUGUGUGGCGGUGGUGGGGGCGGCGCUGCUGGUGGCGGCGGUGUACGUGGUGGCGUACGAGGUGCGGCGCGUGGAGGGCGAGCUGCAGCGCAUGACGGCGCUCAAGGAGCAGAUGCGCGCCGCCAAGGUCGCCGCCGAGGCUGCCAGCCGUGCCAAGGGCACCUUCCUCGCCACCAUGAGCCACGAGAUCAGGACGCCCAUGAAUGGCGUCAUUGGCAUGCUGAACCUGCUGCUGCAGACGCCGCUGGACGCCACGCAGCUGGACUACGUGGAGACGGCGCGCACGAGCGGCAGGGCGCUCUGCUCGCUCAUCAACGACAUCCUCGACCUCUCCAAGAUCGAGGCGGGGCGGAUGGAGUUGGAGAGCAUGCGUGUGGACCUGAGGGCGGAGAUCGACGACGUGCUCAGCAUGUUUGUAGAGCGCACGCGCAAGAAGCCGCAGGUCGAGGUGGCCGCGCUCGUGCACGACACUGUGCCCACGUUUGUCCUGGGCGACGCGCUGCGGCUGCGGCAGGUGCUGAUCAACCUGCUGUCCAACAGCUGCAAGUUCACGGCGCGCGGCCACGUCUUCAUCACCGUGCGCACCGCCACGCCUCACGAGGACCUCGCGGUGGACGGCGCCCACUUCGCUGACGGCCGCUCCCUCGCCCGCGCCUCCCUCGCCGACACCGACCGCCCUGCUGCCAGCAGCGGUACUGCUGCCAGCAACGGUGCUGCUUCAAUUGCUGUUGCUUCGUCUGUUAGUGGUGUUGGUGCGGCAGGCUCUGGGUCCGAUUCCACCCCAGGUUUUGCCGUAGGUGUAAAUGCUACUGCACACGUGGUAGCAGGCACAGGCGCAGUUGGCAGCAUGGGUGUGAGAAUGGGUGGGGAGCCCAAGCUUUCAGUCCAUGCCCACUCAGACGGACAGCAGGGUGCACUACGGCCACCACUGCCCCCUCCGCAUGCUGGCUGCCCCCCUGCCUUGUGCGCCAACGGCACGCCUCUGCCUGCACGGUCUCCUCCUCCUUCCUCAGCGUGCCCGCCCCCUGUGGCGGGGCCACGAGCAGAGGUGCGCGCGGCCGCUGUGGCAGAGACGGGUGCAGUGGAAAAGGGCGCCACGGAUGGUGGGUGUGAAGUGGGACAUGCAGGGAGAGGGGAGGGGUGCAGAGAGGAGAGAAGCAAGGCAGGAGAAGGUGGCUCAGGUGCAUGGGAGGGCGAGGUGGAAAGGGAGAGGAAGGAGGGGUGUUCAAGCGAGGCGGGUGCAGAGGAGAUCAGUGAUGGGGGAUUAGCUGCUGCUGGCCGUGGCAGCCAAAGCAAUGCUGCCUGCACACUGGCUCAGGGCGCGAGUCAGAGCGAGGGUCGGAUGAGGGCGGAAGGCAAUGAGGGGCAGGGGCAGGGGCAGGGGCAGGGGCAGGGGCAGGGGCAGGGACAGGGUCCAAGGGGGCAGGAGCAGGGGGGGAGGGCGAGACGAGGGGAGUUUGCGACGCUGAGUGGCGUGGAGGCGGUGGAGAGCUGCAACAGCUGGCGCCGCAUCCACGCCCUCGUGCAGCGCGCACCCGGGGCAGGCGCACCCCCGGGCCACCUGCAGUGCACACCCACAGGGCAGGGGAGCGGCGGUGGGGCAGGGGCAGGGGUAGGGGGGGAAGGUGGAGGCGCAGCACGCAGUGGGACGGUUCGGCUGGUGGUGUCCGUUGAGGACACGGGGCAGGGCAUACCGUGGGCGGCGCAGCCUCGUCUGUUUCGGCCGUACGUGCAGGCGGACAUCAGCACCACGCGCACGCACGGGGGCACGGGCAUCGGGCUGUCCAUCUCGCAGCACCUCGUGGCACUUAUGGGCGGCAAGCUGGCGUUUGUGAGCCGGCCGGGCGUGGGCACCACCUUCUUCUUCGACAUGACCCUGCCGUUUGAGAACCCCCCCGACCCCUCUCAUCACGCCCCUGCCGCUGCUGCCACCAAGAGGCGAAGUGCUCCCCCACAUGCCUCGCGAGUCUCCGACCUUCAGGGCUGCACGGCAGUGGUGCUGGACGACCGGCCUGUGAGGCGCGCCGUGACCACCAGCUAUCUGCGGCGCCUCAAGCUCAACGUGCUCCCGGCCGAUCGCUGGGAGGACAUCCCCCCGCUCGCCGCCCUCGCGCUGCCACCAUCCCCAUCUCCCAUGCCUGCUGCUGCACUUUCCCUUCCACGUGCCUCAACCUCGUCUGACCAAAUGCCAUUGCCUGGCACGCCGUCACCUCCACUGCCAGGUGCAGUGCCAGGUGUGCCUCCUUACUCUGAUGCAGGACUAUCUGUUGCAGCACGCUCUCCUACCUCUCUUCCUCCCCUUAACGUCUCUGCCGUUGGUGCUCCUGCAACAGCAGCUGCCGUUCCUGCUGCAACAGCUACGGCAGGCCCAGCAGGUCCGGCGGGCACAGCAGCAGGCACAGCCGCAGGCAGUGCGGGUGGGCCCCCUGCAGUGGGUGCGGCGCCCAGCCCCUUCCUGCUGGUGGACGCGGAGACUCUCGCCCGCCAUGCCCGUGCCUGGCGCCGCUCGCUGCCCGGCCCCCCCACAGGGAGGGCAGCGGAAGGGCGAGCCGAGAGGGCAGAGCAUGGGGUGCGUAUGGAAGACACGGGCGUCAGCACAAGGGGUGAGCGGGAUGGUGGGGAGCCGGUGGGUGAUGCUACAGGUGCAGGUGCAGGUGUGGGCAGUGGUGUGGCAGGUAGGGGAGAGCGCACGCUGCCCAUUUUGCUGCCAUCAGGUGAACUGAUGCCCGUCUACUCCGCCUCUGCGUGGAGAUCAGGGGAGCUCACGCCCCAGUCCCCAGAGACCCUCCUAGCCUCUGAGUGGGCUGCCACACCCCCCUUCAGUGCGUAUUCGCACGCCAACCCGCACACUCCUGGUGGCGGCGCGGGCAGCCCUGGUGGCAGCAGCACUGCUGGCAGUGGCGCCAUGAGAGGUGGGGGCGAGGGAGGCAGCGGCGUGCUGACGAGCGCUGCUGCCAUGGCCACUGCUGCCGCCUUCUGGACCAGCCGACAGCAGCCACAGCAGCAAGGGCUGGAGGGACAGCAGCCACAACAGCAAGAGUUGGGGGGUCAGCAGCAACAGCAACAAGAGUUGGGGGGUCAGCAGCAACAGCAGCAAGGAUUGGCAGGACAGCAGCAGCAGCAGCAAGAGUUGGGGGAACAGCAGCAGCAGCAACAAGUGUUGGGGGAACCGCAGGAGCAACAACAACUGAAGCACUCUCUUCCAGUGGUGGCGUUGCAGCAGGAAGUUGGAGUGAGGGAUAGGGUUGAUGAGGCACAGAUUGAUGCAGCAGUGGGUGGAGGCAGUGCCCCAGCCAGUGCAGCCUCCAUGUGCAUGAUCACACACACGGGUACACACACAGGCACAGGCCUGGGCACGGGCAUGGGCGAGAGCGUGGGCGAAGGUACGGGCAUGGGCAUGGGCGUGGGCAUGGGCAUGGGCAUAGGCAUGGGCAUGGGCAUGGGCAUGUGCAUGGGCGCGGGCAUGGGCAUGGGCAUGGGCGUGGGCAUGGGUGUGGGCGUGGGCGCGGGUAUGGGUGCAUGGCGCAUGGUGCUGCUGGUGCGCGACCCUUGCAUGGAGAGCCUGGCCUCGCAGGCUGGCUUCCAUGCCACGCUGCUCAAACCCAUCCGCCGUGCCGCUCUCGUGGGCGCGCUGCUGCAGGCCGCUAAGCAUAGCAGCGGGGACGGCAGCAGCAGCAGCAGCGCACAGGGGCUGGAGGGAGGGCAGGGCACCAUGGCCAGACGAGGGCAAGGAAAAACUGGUGGAAGGGGAGAGGCGGGAGUUUUUAGUCCCGAGAAUUAUAGGGGCGCGGCGGAAGGGGAGCCAGAGUACGGGUUUUUGGCGGAUAAUGGGAUAGAGGACGGUGGUGGUGCAGGUCCGGGUGAAGGAGAGACAUUCGAUUUUGGAGUAUCUGUGCAGUCUGACAGGUUUCAAGUUGUCCCCUUGGCUCUCUCUCCUGUCACGGAGAGGAGUGCAAUCAAGGAGAAGCAGUGGAGAGAAGUGGAGGACAGACAAAGUAGUUGUGGCGAGAGGAGAGUGGUGGUGGAUGGCAGGUCUGGCAGCAGGAGGCAAGGCAGUGGGGGUUUGCUGAGUCCCAAGGCGAGGGGGAUGGGGGAGGGUGGGCGGCAGACGCUGACUCAGAUGCUUACUGCAGUGCUGCAUGGGAAGCACUUCCUUGUGGUGGACGACAACAUGGUGAAUCGCAAGGUGAUCGCCAAGAUGCUGGAGCGCUACAAGGUGCACGUGGUGGCCGUGGUGGGCGGCGCACUGGCCGUGGCCAAGAUCGUGCCGGGCCAUGCCUUCCACUGCGUCCUCAUGGACGUCCAGAUGCCUGGAAUGGACGGAUUUGAAGCCACGAGACAAAUCCGCAGACAAGAGGCCAACUACAGUCUUCCCCAGACUCCAAUAUUUGCUCUCACAGCUGACAUCUUCGCAGGGACUCGGGAGAAGUGUAUUGAGUCAGGCAUGAAUGGCUUCCUGUCGAAGCCUAUAGAGGAGGAGCAGCUGUGGAACGUCAUCUACAAGUACUGCUAUUCAACAGACUCUCCGUUUGUGGAAACAUCUCUGUCAAUCAACCCACCAUUUUGAAAGUGCCUGCACUGCACUAUGUGUCAAAAUAUAUAUUUAAAUAUACCUUUGUAUAGGCUUGGUAGUUGUGCUACUUACUGAAUCCUACUGUAGAGGGGACAACCCCCCUUCUUGUAUCUCCUCUUUCCUAGUUCACUCUCUU